AUAUGGAAAUGGUGUGUACCACGAUGGAAUAUAAUUUAGUGCGUCGAAAUUUUAAGUUUAUCAUAGUAGAUUCUAGACAUGAAAUUACGUUGUUAAAAUUGUUUGGCUUAAGGAAAAUCUAUGAAGAGAAAGUUAUUUCUAUGAAAUCUUACCGAAACGAAAUGCAUAGAGAAUAAUUCUUGCAAAAAACUUGUGACAAUCUGAUAAAGGAUUCUUAUCACUUUCUUAUGAAAUUCUUAUAACAUUCUUACUCGACUCUUAUCUGACUCUUAAGAAAUUCGUGCAACUUUCGUACCACUUCUUAUAUAAGAAUCUGAUAAGAAUCGGAUAAGAUUCUUAUCAGAAACUUCAAAAUAAAUUUGUCUAGGGUGGCCGAUCCGUUACCUAUUUCUUGAUCUGGUUACAAAUCUACUACAAUAAGUCGCGUCUAAAAACAGUAAGUAGUCUCUUAUAAUAUUGUCCUUGUUCCGUUUAGCUAUCAAAGCUGGAGGUCUUUGCACUGACACAUAUGGUACUCCAACAUUUUUGGAAAGUUUUGGUGCAGGAAAAUCUGAAUAUUCUUCAGCAACACCCGCUAGUUUGGGUUUUACUACUACUUACACGGACCAAGGUAGGCCUACACCCGAUGGCUCGUUCACCAUCGUCAAU